AUGGCCUCGGGCUUUACUGCAAAAAGACGCACCGUCCACUCUCCACGUCCCUUCCGUUACUUCGCUCCGAUAUCAAUGGAUGCACCAGGACUCGAAGAAAGGUCUCUCAGCUUUUAUCUAUUUCCAGCACCCAGCUGCUUGUCUCUCCCCUCGAACCAGGGAUGUACGACAAAUCUAGGACGAUUUCGGAUGAGGGGUGCAAGCUCUUUACUGGAUUCCAAACGAUGGGAUACUUCGCCGCCGGACGACGGUUAUCAAGAAGCCUUCGACAACCAUCGACAUGCCCUCCCCCUUGUCUCUGUUCUGGAGAUCCGAGUUCCCAGAAAACGACAACUCAACCUUGUUUACAUGGCUAGUCUAUAG